AUGGGCCACACCAAGCGCAAGAAUGUUCGCCAGGCCCCUCAGAUGCGGUCUCGCACGACGAGGAGCAAGGGGAAGCCCAUUACAACCAACCCGGAAGUCAAUAGCCAGAUGCUCAACGAGCAGCUGCGUCAGCUUGGCCUCUAUGCUGCCCACACCAUCGGCGACGGCAACUGCCUGUUCCGCGCUCUCUCCGAUCAACUGUAUGGCUCCCCUUCACAACACCUCAAGCUGAGGGCGGAUAUCUGUUACUGGAUCGAAGCUCACAAGGAACGCUACGCUCCAUUUGUGGAGGACGAGCGCGGCCUUGACCACCAUCUGUCGUGUAUGCGCCAGCAAGCAACCUAUGGUGGUCACCUAGAAUUGUCUGCCUUUGCUCAUAUGACGAAGAGGAACGUCAAGGUUAUUCAACCUGGUCUCGUGUACGUCAUUGAAUGGAAUGCCGGAGGAGACUUCGGAGACUCCUCGGUACAGGGCGACGAUGAUUUGAACCUCGACGAUCGCGAAAAGCGACGUCAGAGACGAGAGCGGCGUCGUUCCGAACUGGAACAGGCUGCAACUGAUGACGGGGACCCUUCGACGGCCAUGGGGACGGUUUACGUCGCCUACCACGAUUGGGAGCAUUUCUCCUCCAUCAGGAAUCUCAGGGGCCCACACACCGGUCUGCCCAACGUCGUAGAAUCCUCUGCUUCGGACGCAUCGCCUCCGUCUCCAGUGAAUAAGAAGCCGGUAUCGAAGGCUAAGCCGAAAUCUGCGAAGCCUCGGGUCAGGGAGACGAAGAAAUCUGUUGUCGCGACACUCAUCGAGGUGGAGGACGCGACUCCCCGCACUCCUUCUCAAAUCCCCCUCCCAGGCUCGGCAUCGCCGUCUCCACCACCGUCGUCCGCCCCUUCUUCUCAAACCUCCGCCUUCCCUACACUGGCAUCGUUGGAGCCGCACGCCUAUCGUUCUCCGAAGCGGACCUUCGACGAAUCCUCUGCAUCAUCCCAGAUGUCUGAAAGUUCCCAGAGCGCCGCCAAGAGGGCGAAGAGCGGUUCUCGAGCUACCUCCACAUCACGUACACUGAGCGCCGGUGCUGCGGCAGCCGCGACUGCAACUAAGAGCAUGAGCGUGGACGCAGAUGAUCUGGACACUCCCGAUUUGUCUGCUGUCGGCUCAUCUGCAGACUCAGUGAGCUCAUUAUCAUCCGUACCAUCUCCCGCGGCAACUCCCCCACCAGUCGAGCCUCCGGUGGAGAAUCGCCUUACGCGCCGCCAGCGGAAGAAGCUGGGGCUUCCAAAGCCUCGCCCUGCUAAUGUAGGCCGCACCGUCGCGCGUACGAGAAGCGCUGGGAAGAUCGUGAUCCCAGGUGGAAAGCUUUCUAAGACAUCAAGCAAAACAGAUGUCGCUGACGGCUCCGAGGACGAUCCCAACGCGAACGCGGAGUGGCGGAAGAACGGGACCGGACGUCUGGACGUCCGAGGGUUCAGGGAGCUCAAGAUAUAGGAGCGCGUUGAUGAGCUCUGUCGCGCGCGUCGCGCUUGCGCGACGGCCGCUCAGACCAUUUGCAUCCCUCCUCCACAUCUCAUUGUCAUCUUUGGACUUCGCAUCUUCUUUUGGUCUUGGUCUCUUGCAUCCCAUCCCGUCAAUCCCUCGAUACCCUCGCACUUCAAGCCCUUCGUGUCCAUGUCGUCGCAACAUCCAUCGCUAUCCGCUAGGAUCUCCUUGUAUCAACAGCAUCUCCUCUUCCUCGCCUCUUCUAUCCUCUAUCGCGCUUCCACGAUUGUCACGACCUCUAGGCACGUUUUUCAUGCCCCGCAUUGGACGCUCUCCCGAUUGAUCAUCCGUCGUCGUUCCGCCCACCUACAAGUCAAGUUAUUCCGUCAUAUAACGCAACCACACAUCUCCAAUACAGUCGCAUCCGCAUCAUAUCGUGAUACCUGAGGCUGACGGCCUCGCCGCAAUCACAAGCUCUCCU